GUUCGGUCGUUUGAGCCCGGUCGCCCUCGCCCUCGACCUCAUCAAGUUAUGAAUUGCGGCAGGGCGAGUUACCGAGGCCGUGUAACACAACGCUUCAGAACUUUGCCGUUCCCCGCCAUCUGCUCUCCUGCCAGCCUGGACGUGCCUGCGGCCAGCACACAAUCAAACGCACACAAUCGGUGCUGAAGCAGCCCUAUCCGUAUGAUGGCGGCUAACAGCCAGUCGCGCGCAGCCACGCGGCCACUGCUGCUGCUGCUGGUGUUGACCGCGUCCGCGGGCCUGCUGCUGCGUGGUGCCAGGGCGCAGUCGACGACAUCAGCAGCCGGCACUUGCCCCAUCACCGCCGCCCAGCUCACCAACGCGGACUACUCGCAAGUCAAGCCCGCAUGCACGCCACAGCGGCUGGGCGCCGGCCCGCCCUGCGCCGCCUGCCUGUGCUCCAUCGGCUCCGCGCUGUUCUCGGCUCUGGCGGCUCAGGGCGUGGACGUGGGCGGCGAGCUGGCCAGUGCGGACGAGGCGGCGUUGCAGUCACUGUUCCAGAGCUGCCAGCUCACGCUGGCGACCCAGCUGGUGGACCGCGCGGGUCUGGAUGUGCGGCUGUUGACCCAGCUGCUGGGCUGUGCCCCAACCUCCGUGACGCGCGAGUGCAUCGCCGGGCCGCCCGCCGCUGCCGCCUCGCCAGCCGCUUCAGGGGCACCCCAGCCCGCCACCACGCCCGCCACCACGCCCGCCCCCACCACCAGCGCACCCGUCGCCACGCCCGUACCUGUCUCCGUGCCCGCGCCCGCAGCCACGCCCACGCCCACGUCGACACCAGGAGCGCAGCAGCCGUCCGCAUCCACCCCUGCCCCCGUUAGCGCCACAGCGGCCUCCGGCGCCGCCACGGCUCCUCAGCAGCAACCGGCUGCCGCGGACCCCUCUACCACGCCCUCCUCCGACCCCGCGCCCUCCGUGUCGGCUUCUGCCGGUCCCACGGACUCAAGUAGCGGCGGCUCGCAGCAGCAGACCAUACGGCAACCAGCAGUGGCGGGUGCAGCCGUGAACGGCGACGGCGCCAGUGCCGGGGGCACUAGCGGCGCGGCCACACCCGCCGCCACCCGGACGCCGGCGUCACAGGCCAGUGCGCCGGUGGCACAGGGGGCGGCCGGCAGCAGCGGCAGCAGCAGCGGCAGCAGCAGCGGCAGCAGCAGCGGCAGCAGGAGUGGCAGCAGCAGCGGGGCAGCGGCCGGUGGGGCUCCGCAGGUGCCCUCGGCGGGCGUGGCCCCCGGGGCGGAGGCUCACGGCGGCAGUGCCACAUCUGCGCGCGCGUGCGACUCCGCCCAGCAGCGUCUGUUGCAAUUGGCGGUGUCGGCCGCGGCAGUGCUCGCCGCAACCGCCGCCGCCGCCAUGUGUUGACCCGGUGGCAGGGGUGACGGGAGUUGCGGCGUGUGUGGCGUGGUGCAGGCGGGGAAAGGUGAUAGCCUUAACACCGGACGCUUUGGUUUGGAAUUUCCCUGCCGAAGUAAGGCUGCCAUCACAGACUACCAUGGCUUAAUGAAGCGAACUCGACCGGGGCGUUCCUGUUUUUGGGGUGCGCCCCCCGAUCGAAGCGAUCCAGGGGGGGGGGCGCGAAGCCCCCCAGGAUUGACCCUGUCCGUGCCUGCCUGCCUGCGUGACUGCGUAGCGGCAUGACCAGUAGUGCGGCUGUUGACAACUGUGCUGCGUCUGGCUGCGGUUGGCUCUGCUGUGGCAUCGCGACUGCCAGAUAGGCACCUGGUUUGGCUAUGUGCCUGUGGAAACCGACCCCGGCUAUGUCCGGGCGAUGAGGUUGUUCGGCCUCAGACUGUGGAGGGGCUCAGCCCCUUUCCCGUGACCGGGGAACACUUGUCAAAACUCGUGAGCCAACCUAAGGAAGCAUGUUGCGAUGUGCUUGAUGUGUGCGCGUGCGCGUUUGUUGCAUGUGGUGGGACAGAAGACUCAACAUC